ACAAGCACCGACAGACUCAAGUUCUAGCACUUUGAAUCAAACGGCGAUGAGGCAACACCGGAAGAGAAGCACAAGGAGUUCCUCUCCAAGCUCGUGAUGCGGUUGUUGUAUGCUUGCGACUACCAACGGUCAGAGUUGGAGAGACAGUACCAGAACCUGACGCAGCAGCAUCAGGAGUUGGCACAGCUCCGCCGCAUGGUGCAGAGCCACGAGGAUGCAACCCGGGCACUCAAUGCCCGAUUGCUGGACCUGGAACAGGCUGUACCAGGACCAACUGCUGGGGCUUCCAGCAGUGCACCCUCGAGCCGCCAACUGGAGGACCGCGUUGACCACGUAGUGGCAAUGCUCGGCGACAUCAGCACUUUCGUUGCGCCGAACACCACUAUCAGCAGUCAGCUGCAUACAUUGAAGACCGAGGUCCAGCAGCUGCAGACGACAAACGCGGAUGGCAACCCAAAGAUGUAUAAGAUGCCAACCUUCAAUCUGGAGAGGUUCGACGAGUACACGCAGCAGGAUCCAGUCCUCUGGUGGGAAGCAUUCACAACGCAACUCAGGAUUCUGCUCGUAGCCAAGCAUGCGUACAUCGGCGCCCUGUUCCUGAACUCAAAGGGCGGAUGCCAGACCUGGUUGAGCCACCUGGCAACCUCCCACGGCGUCGACGUACCAGACUUGAAGGACGUAAUCACAUGGGAGGAACUGACAAGGCUGUGGAAGAAGUGGUUCAUCGUCGACGACGCGCCGACACUCGCCAUCAACCGUUUGUUCACCAUGUCACAGGGCAACACAGCAACACGGGACUGGCUCACGAAGUGGCAUAAAAUUGCGGUUGUGCCCAAUCUGAACUUACCAUUUGAGCAUCUACGUCGUGAGUUCUACAACAGGUCCUGUGCUGCAUUGAGCCAGGCUCUUGGUGAUCGCGAGCAGUACUCAACCUUUGCUGAGAUUAUUGACAAAGCAAGGGAGAUCAUCAAGACCAACAGGUCAGCUGCACACGAGAAAUCAACAUCAUGGCAGCUGACCUAUGUGGAGAAGGUACGAACUGGUCUGCGACAGCAGCACUUCGUUGCAGUCCAGCAGGACAGUGGAGAUAACCCAGCAGCCACUCCAGCAUCAAGUGACGGAGAUCAGGUGGCUGCUGUCCAACCGCGAAGCACCAACAAGUCCCGCAACAAUGGGAAGGCGAAAUCCGCAUCGCAGGCGGAAAUGGACAGCCAGGACAGUUUCCAUGGGUCAAGUGAGGCGACUCCACCUUCUACUCCGCCAGAUUCGGUCGCCUUGCUAGCGGCCUCCUGCACAUCUGGGAAGGAUGCGAAUGUCGCAAGUCCUCGGUAUACUUACGAGGAUUAUGCUGUCCACUUGGUUCCACCGCUGGACCAACCGCUCCACGCGCAACAGUCCACCGCAUGCACGGUUUCAUCACCAUCGGCAACCGAUUCGGCAGCUUCGCCGCAACCUAUCGCCGGGGAUUCGGCGUCAUGGUCAAGACUUGAGGAGCUCCACCCGUUGACGUUCACGGACUUCCAGUGGAUGCCCGUUCCCUCGUCCGGACGAUUGCCGAAACCGCAUUGCAACGUGCUUAUGGCACAAUUGCGGGACCACUUGCACACUGCAGUACCAGCUCCGUUGAUGGACGCCGGAGUAGAGUUUGUCGACCUUCACGUUUACAUCGCGAAGAUCGACCGCGAGUUCAAGACGCAACGCUGCCACGUGGUAUCCGCCGCAAGCAUGCGAGCUUCCAUCAUCAGAGACGACAUYGAGGAGAUGGGGGUGUGUUUUCUCCACGCCCUCCCGCCACAUGACGCUUCAUCGACGGACUCACCUUCGGAUCCACGCAUCAUCGAACUUCUCGACGCCUACAGCGACGUGUUCGAACGCCCGCACGGAGUAGUACCGGAUCGACCCAUCCACCACGAGAUCAUCCUCGAGGACGGGSCCGUACCUCCGCGCGGUUGCAUCUACCGAAUGAGCGAGGAAGAGUUAAGUGUGCUUCGGGUACAACUCGACGACCUUCUAGAGAAAGGCUGGAUUCGGCCUAGCUCAUCGGCAUACGGUGCUCCUGUUCUCUUCGUCCGGAAGAAGAACAAGGACCUGCGGUUGUGCAUCGAUUAUCGCAAGCUCAACGCGCAGACGAUCAGGAACGCCGGCCCUCUCCCACACAUCGACGACCUUCUCGAGCAAUUGGGCGGCGCCCAGUUCUUCUCUAAGCUGGAUCUCGAGUCAGGGUACCACCAACUCGAGAUUCGCAAGGAGGAUCGCUACAAGACCGCGUUCAAGACACGGAUUGUUGCACCUAUGACGAGGUUACAGUCGCCAAAGGUGCCAUUCGUAUUCGAUGACGACGCACGCCGGUCAUUCCAAGCACUUAAGACGGCUAUGCUCAUGGCACCCGUCCUUAGCAUCUAUGACCCCACCUUGCCGACGAGAGUAACUACGGACGCUUCCGGCUACGGCAUUGGGGCAGUCUUGGAACAGCACAAAGGCGACGACUGGCACCCUGUGGAGUAUUUCAGCCACAAAGUGCCUCCCAUCAACUCGCUUGAUGAUGCAAGGAAGAAGGAGCUACUCGCGUUCAUCAUGGCUCUCAAGCGAUGGCGGCACUUCCUCCUUGGGCGUCGUAGGUUCACAUGGGUUACAGACAACAAUCCAUUGACCUACUACAAGACGUAGGAUAUGGUGAGCAGCACGAUCGGACGAUGGAUGUACUUCAUCGA